GUCGGGAAUGAUCCCGGUGUUGUGUAACUCGGGGGCCAGUUGCAUUGGGAAAGGGCCGGGCCCGAGCUCUGCCGGACGGCUGAGGAGCAGGGCUGAAGAGUUAGACCUGCAGUGAGAGAUUUAUUGGAAGAAAAACCACGACUGAAGACGAGGGAACAGCAACAAGUGAACCAGCCCGAGGACUGAGAGCACCGACUGGAGAGAACCCAUCUGACUCGGAGAUUCCAGUGAUUCAGUCAGGAGAAAGUUUGGUUAAAAUCGACAAGGAAUUUGUCUAUGUGAAUUCAAACGCAACACACCAGUUGUGCUGUCGCUGUCUAGAUAUUUAAGGAGCAAGGGAUUCAAUCAGCCAUCCUUCCUGUUCAGACUGUGCGGAGGGAUUCGCUCGGUCAUCUGACCAACUGACACGUCUGUCAUUUUACACAGGGGAGAACCGUUCUCCUGCUCAGACAGUGGGAAUGGAUUCACUCGGUCAUCUCAACUGAAGGUUCACACUGGGCAAGGCCAUUCAUCUAUUCUGUGUGUGGGAAGGGAUUCAGUUGGUCUUCCCACCUGUGGACACACCAGUCAGUUCACACUGGGCAGAGGCUGGUCAUCUGCUGAAUUUGUGCGGAAGGAUUCACUCGGUCAUCUGAUCUAAUGGCUCACCAGCGCGUUCACACUGAGGAACGGCCGUUCACCUGCUCGGACUGUGGGAAGGGAUUCACGUUGUCAGCUCACCUACUGAGACACCAGUCAGUUCACACUGGGGAGAGGCCGUUCACCUGCUCAGACUGUGGGAAGAGAUUCACUCGAUCAUCUGACCUGCUGGCGCACCGACGUGUUCACACUGGAGAGAGGCCAUUCACCUGCUCAGACUGUGGGAAGGGAUGCAGUCAGUUAUCUGCACUGAAGGUACAUCAGCGAGUUCACACUGGAGAGAGGCCGUUCACCUGCUCAGACUGUGGGAUGGGAUUUACUCAGUCAUCUCACCUACUGAGACACCAGCGAGUUCACACUGGGAAGAGGCCAUUCACCUGCUCAGAUUGUGGGAAGAGAUUUACUCAGUUAUACAACCUACAGAGUCACCAGCGAGUUCACACUGGAGAGAGGCCAUUCAUCUGCUCAGAAUGUGGGAUGGGAUUUGCUCAGUCAUCUCACCUCCUGAGACACCAGUCAGUUCACACUGGGGAGUGGCCAUUGAACUGCUCAUAUUGUGGGAAGGGAUUCCCUCGGUUAUCCCAACUACUGGGACACCAGAAAGUUCACACUGGGGACAGGCCUUUCACCUGCUCAGAAUGUGGGAAGGGAUUCAGUAAUUCAUCCCACCUACAGAGACAUCUGCGAGUUCACACUGGGGAGAAGCCAUUCACCUGCUCGAACUGUGGGAAGGGAUUCAUUCAAUUAUCUGAUCUACAAAAUCACCAGCGAGUUCACACUGGGGAGAGGCCAUUCACCUGCUCAAACUGUGGGAAGGGAUUCACUCAGUUAUCCACCCUACACAGUCACCAACGAGUUCACACUGGGGAGAAGCCAUUCACCUGCUCAGUCUGUGGGAACGGAUUCAGUGAUUCAUCCGCCCUACACCGUCACCAACGAAUUCACACUGGGGAGAAGCCAUUCACCUGUUCAGAAUGUGGGAGGGGAUUCACACAGUUAUCCAGCCUACACAGUCACCAACGAGUUCACACUGGGGAGAAGCCAUUCACCUGUUCAGAAUGUGGGAGGGGAUUCACACAGUUAUCCAGCCUACACAGUCACCAACGAGUUCACACUGGAGAGAAGCCAUUCACCUGCUCAGUCUGUGGGAAGGGAUUCACACAGUUAUCAAGCCUACACAGUCACCAACGAGUUCACACUGGGGAGAGGCCAUUCACCUGUUCAGAAUGUGGGAAGGGAUUCACACAGUCAUCAAGCCUACACAGUCACCAACGAAUUCACACUGGGGAGAAGCCGUUCACCUGCUCAGACUGUGGGAAGGGAUUCACGCUGUCAUCUAAUCUACUGAGACACCAGCGAGUUCACACUGGGUAGAGGCUGAUC